AGCCAUUCUGGCACUCCCGCGCCGUCAGGUGCGCUCCUUUGCGGCCGCCUCCCAUGCCGCCACGCGCGCCGUGCGAGCUUUUGCGUCAGGCGUGCCCUGGCGGCCAGCUCCCACCAGCAUAGUCCGACCGAGUAGCUCGAAUAGCUAUUCGCCUCAUUGCUGGGCGCGCCCGCGCGGCUGCCUCCCGCUCCAUUUUGGUGCAAUUGAUCUGCAAUUUUUGCGCGGCCGCCGCCCGCGCCUUGGCGGCGGCCUGCAUGCAGCAGGGAGUUGCGCGUGAACGGCCGGGGGACCAGCGUCCUGCUUGGCAGCAGCACAUCACGCCCACCACCUCGAGGGCGCCCGCCGACCCCUCGGCGUCCCCAGCCGCGCCCGGGCAUCUGCAGGAGCCUGCCGGCGCGCCCGUGGACCAGACCUGCCCGCUGGCCCUGCUGGGCCGGUCGCGGCACGGCGGGGCGGGCGCUGCGGCCGACGGCGAGUGCAGGGUGUGCUUCGAGGUGCGGCCUCUCCCGCGCAUCUGCGCGGAGUGCCCCGAGGGGGCCGGCGUCUGCGCCGAGUGCCUGCGGAGGUACUUCACGGGUGCCGUGCAGGACGCCCUCUACGCGAUGCCCAUGAUCCGGUGCCCGCUGUGCAGCGGGCGGGUGUGCACGGCGGCGUGGGCACCUUUCGUCGACCCGCCGACGUCCGAGAAGUACCUGAGCAACGCCAACGCGCUGUUGUCGCUGCGGUGCCCCGACUGCGACGAGACCGCGUCCUUCUUCUCGCCGGGUCUCGGGAAGGCGGGACCUACGGCGCACGCCGCGGGCGGCGACCUCGGGCGGGCGCGCCAGCGGGCCGCCGUGCUGCGCGCAGACCUGCAGCGGGAGGAGCUGUGGUGCGACUUGCUGUCUGCCCGAUCGGCCGCGCUGCGGCGGUGCGGCCGCCGCAGCUCCGAGGCCGCGGCGAGCUCGUGCGGCACGGGCGCUGGGGCAGACGCAGACUCCCGCGCUUGGGCGGCCGCCUCGCGGCUGGUCGACGCCUGGCAGAGGUUCGAGGCAGCGCAGGCUUCUGCGGACGACUUCGUCGCCGUGCUGCACACCUCGUGGCCGCCAGGGCGAGGCGCCAACCCUCCCCGUGGGCUCCGCUGCGCGGCGCGUCGCAGAGUGCCGCUCUGCAUCGAGGACCCCGAGAGGCGGCUGGCGCUCCAGCUGGCGUGGCUCCGCCGCUACCCGAAGGUGCGGACCCCGUGCUGCAGGGCCCGCGUAUGCUUCAAGUGCAAGGUGCGCGGGUGGCACCGCCACCUCAGCUGCGAGGAGCGCCAGCGUCGCGAGGCCUGGCGGGAUGCCCAGUUCUGCCCCAACUGCAACGUGCCGACCACGCGGUCGGACGGAUGCAACCACAUCCGCUGCGUCUGCGGCAAGGAGUGGACCUGGCAGGAGAGCGAGGGGCACGACGGCUCCGACGGGCCAGAGUCCACGGCCCACAGCGACGCCAUGGGCAGCGAGGGCACCCACGACGACGACCUCAACAGCGCCACGGGCCGCACGCGCACCUCGAUCGAGCUCGCCGCGCUGGGGAGGGGCGCCAAGGGCGGCGACGGCGCGGCGAGCUCCCGCGUCCUCGCCGCGCUGGUCGGCGCACCGAGGCCGAGGCCGGCGCUGGCCCCGCCGCGGCGCGUGGCCCGGCAUUUUGGCAGCCUGGGGGCCCCCGGCGGCGGGCUGCUGCCCGGCCCCGAGGACGGCGCGAGCGAGCGCGGCAGCGGCAGCGACGAGGAGGCGGUGCCGCGGGCCGCCUUCUGCCCGCUGGGCCACGCGCUCGAGCCGUGGGGCUCGGCGGCGGGGCCCAUGGGCUGGAGCUGCGACGGGUGCGGGGAGCGGGUGCGCCUCCCUCCCGCGGGCGCCGCGGGCCGCCUGCCCAAGCGCUUCCGGUGCCCGGCGUGCGACUACGACCUCUGCGCGCGCUGCCUGCUCCGGCAGCGCGGGGUGCCUGGCGGGAGGGAGCGGGGCGCGGGCACGACCGUGUCGGUCUUGAGCCUGCUCCAGGGGGGCGGCUGGACGGGCGCCCUGCAGCUGCGCUUCGAGGUCGUCGGCCUGGAGCUCGCCGCGGUGCUCCGCAUGGCGGGGCCACCGUCUGGGAGCCAGGGUGGGGCCAGCGGCUCCUCCGAUCACGCUGCGGUGUUCUCCUCGAUGAGCUACCGCAAUGAUCGGGACGGCACCCAGGUGAACUCCGUCGGGCCAGACUCGUGCAAAGCUUGGCAGCAAGGCCCGUGGAAUGAGUCCGCGGUGCAUGUCCACAUGAUCUUCGAGCAUUUUCCUCCCUUGUCAGACUGCAGCGAAAUCUGGUUUCGCUUCGGCCCCGAGUCCGCUGGCGUCGCCGAGGUGAACUUAGACAAAUGGAGAAUGCUGAACCUGGAGAGGGCCGCGGCGACAUCGCGCUUCGGGCCCGCCGUGGCGUCGACGCCCACAGAUCCCUUGCCCGCCAUGGACUCGUUGGGCGCGGGCCAUGCCAUGGCUGGCGCGCUGCACCCCUCCGGGCAUGUCGCCCCCGUGAGUGAGGGCAUUGCCUCGCCGCCGUUCGGGAGCUGGCAGGAGGGCAUGCCGGGUUACCCUCCGCGGGGCCCCAGCUCGCCGCCGCCGCCGCCGGGCGAGCUCUCGCGGGCCGCCGAGGGCGUGCAGACCCCGACGCCACCCUGGCAGGGCGACGGCGGCGCGCAGAUGCCCUGGAGCCACGGGCGGGCGAUGGCGGUGCAAGGGCAUGGGCUGAGGGCCGCGAGCGCGACACGUGCGCUGGGCGAGGUGGAGGCGGACUUCCCGCCGGGGCCCAUGCCCACCCCGCUGCCGGACCUGUCGGACCGGCUCCUGCGGCCCAAUUGGCUGAGGGGCAACCUGCCCUGGCGCGCGCGCGCCGAGGCGCCCUCCGCGUCGCAGCAGCUGCCGCUGCACCUGGCGGUGCGGUCGGGCAACCCGGCCUCGGCGGCGGCCUUGCUGGACGCGGGGGCGGCGCCCACGGAGGGUGUCUUCAAGGAGCUCGCGCGCCUGGCCGACUCCGGCAAGAAGCGCAGCCUCGAGGAGCACCUGCGCCCCUACGUCGAUGCGUCGGCCACCAACCUGGCGAGGCUCCCGCUCUGGGUGCAGAUCACUUUCGGCCAGGAGUGCAGUGACAUCCCCGCCCUCAGUCUGGACGUCAACGUGAGCCACCUUGCCCUCUCCGCGCUCCGCAGGCUGCCCCAGGGCCCGGCACGCCACGCGCACGAGAACGCCCUGCGAGAGCGCCUGGGUGACGAGUGGUUCGAGGUGCUGAGCGCCGAGGCAGCCACGGAGGAGCUGCGGGUGGAGCUCCGGGACGCUGUGCAGCGCAGGAGAAGUCCUGACGAGCAGUUGGCAGAGGAGCUCCUGGCCAUGGGUGCUGACCCUCAUGCACGAGGGCGUACGGAGAAUGACGACGACGAGGACGAUGACGACAGCACAAUUGACCGCGACUUCGGGGAACACAGUGACGAGGAGAGUGUCGGCGACAGCCACGACCACGACUGCAGGAGCCUCUACUGGUGCCCACCGGUCCGGGACCGCCAGCUGAGUUGUGCCGAGCUCAUUGUCCUCCACCCGUCGUAUGAGGGGCCGCUCGUGUCGCGCCUCCUGUGCUGCUCGGACUCCCUACCCUCCAGCAGCACGGCCAGCAGCGCGUCGGCGGUUGCGGCAAAGGCACGGCGCCGGGGCCGCCUACUUGUGUCCGCGGUGCACAGCUGCAACGCGAAGGCGGCUGGGCUGCUGCUUCGCUCGUGGGCCGACGGGCGCCUGCCGCCAGCGGCGUGGCGAGCCCUCUUUGGUGUGGUGCGCGAGGCGCCGCGCAGGCGGCUGGAGGCGGAGUUCUGCGAGUUUGUGGCCGCCCGGGGCCUCGACGAGGCAGAAGUGCCGCUCUGGGCUCUGAUCCAGCUGGGCGCUGCCUUGGAGCGCGAAAGGGGGGCCUCGGCCCAGGAUGCACUUCGCGACGCCUUGGUAUCCGAGGCCUGCUCCAAGAUCGAGGCGCUGCUGGCAGUCGCCGACGCGGCGAGCAGCGCGGACGACGACGAGAACUUGAGCCCACCCCGCGCGACGCGCUCGGGCUCGAUCCCGGGAGAUGUCUUUGCGGCGCUGCACCGCUGCAGCGGCACGGAGGCGAGGGGAAGGUUCGAGGGCCUGCUCGAGAAGUGCAUCAGCGGCAAGCAGAUCAAGAGGCGGUUGGCGCGGGCAGCCACGAAUGAGCUCCUGCUGGAGCUGCGUCGCGCUCUCAACGAGAAGCGGGAUCCGGACAUGCAGCUGGCGGAGCAGCUGAUGCGCGCCGGGGCCAACCCGCGCCUGCAUGAGGCCGAGGAGGACAGCAGCGAGGGAGAGUUAGAUCCAUGGCUCUCGCACGGGGGCGACGACGGGCCGCCACGGUCCUCGUUGCAGCUUAUCGCCCUGAACAAGCACGCGCAGCCGGCUGUCAUCGAGAGGGCAGUGGCCGCCGCGAUAGAGAUGCGCGCAGACCCCAACGCGCACCACCAGGGCGAGAGGCCGCUGGGCCUGGCGGUCGCGGCGCGCAACAUCGCGGCGGCACGGGCCCUGCUGCGCGGCGGUGCGGAGCUGACCAAGCAGGCUGUGAUUCCACUUCGCCGAGUCUGCAACCUCGAGCAGCGGAAGGCAUUCGAGGAGCUGCUGAUGUCUCACUGGAAGCAAACCUUGACUCUCCAGGAGGUCGGUCUCUGGGCUGCGGUGCAAUGUGGUUUCCAGGCGGUGGCGGCCAAGACCAUUGCCGACCACUCGGUGGCGAUCGACUUCCACGUGUUCAUAGCGCUGCGACGCUGCCGGGCCCCCACUGCAAGGAGCAUGAUCGAAGAUGCGCUGCGCAAGAACCUCGGCAACGCGUACGACCACAUGCGGGCGGAGGCCGCCGGCUACGAGCUGAACAUGCACCUGCGCGAGGCGAUGGAGGAAGACAUGGACCCCGACGAGGAGCUGGUCGCGGAGCUGCUGGAGAUGGGUGCCGACCCGCACGCGCGCGGCGUGGAGCCAGACAGCGACAUGGGCUCCAUGAGCGACAUCCCGGAGACCCUCGGAGACGACACGGGGGACAGCGACUCGCACAGCGACUCGCACCUCUCCUGAUGCUGCCGCUGGCGCCGCGCGGGGCGGGCGCGUGGCUCGGCCUCCCGCGCGGCGGUGCCGAUGCCCCGCGCGCCCUCCCUGCGGCGCAGUGCCCGACGGCCGGGGUGGCCCCGCAUGCUCCCUCCGGGGAUGCGUGCGCGUGUCCUCGGCCUCGUCGGUGUGUCCCCCAAGGGCCCCCAGAGCGCCGUCUGCCAAAGGGGGCAGGCCCCGGGUCCCCCCGGAUAGGCGACACCGUGCUCCUCGCUGCGCUCCCAUGCUGCGAGGGCGUCCGCGUGA